AUGGAUGGGAAGUUCUCGAUGGAUAGUCAAAUACUGGAAGAAGUUAUACGUAGCGGGAACAUCCCUUGUCACGGUAGAACAGGAAUGUUGUGUGCUGGUGGUGGACUUCUACCUCCCGCCCUUCUUGAUGAGGCAAGAGUUCCAAAGUUCUACUUAGAUGCUCUUGUCGCCUGUGGGGGAACGUCAUCUAGUGCUCUUCCAAAUACUGGUCUCGUCUAUAAUCUAAUGGGAACAUCUGAGUUGCCAAAAGACGUGCUAUCACACAUUUGGUCUGCUGUAAACCGUGCGAAGCCAGGUCAACUGACUCGUCCAGAAUUCUUCUCUCUUCUUGCUUUAAUUGCGUUAGCACAAAAAGGAGAAUCAUUAGCUGCUCUAUGUGCAAUGGAUUCUCUUCCCAUUCCAUAUCUGAGUCCGGUUCAAGCAUUCCCAACUCCUUCCAAUCCAGCUCCAACCACGAGCACAUCAUCUUUUGUUCCAUUUGGAAAAAUCAAACCAUCCGCUUUCAUUCCAACUUCACUUCUGCCACGUCGGAGUAUGAGAAAGAAGCAAGAAUCAGGAUCGAAAGAAGCUUCUGCACAUAAUUCACCAGCUAAAGGAGCUGCCCAAGAUCUCGCUGGUCUCGAUUUCAGUGACAUUUCUGAUAUGAAAGAAGAUAUAAAAGAUGUAAACGAGACGCCACAGCAGACAUGCUGGCGAGAGACUGUUCAUGCUGUUUAUAUUGUUGUUGAGGAAGCGAACCAAAUAUUAAAAGAUGCUCAAAAAGAAGUUCUCCAAGAAAUUUCUGAAACUGAGAAGGGAAGUGCUUAUUUUAAAAGUUUAUCUAAAGCAUUCGAUACACUGGAGAGAGUUUGCAAGUCUGCUGGAGUACUACUAUCGAUCCAAUCCACGAAAGAAGCAGAAUACUGUCGCAAUUUAAGAAGAAAGUGGGAAACAUUUUUGGAGAGAAAUUCAGAUGACAAAGAAGGAGAUGUUGUGGAUGAUAAAAAGUGUAUGAUCUGUUUUCAACCUCUUCUAAAUCGUAUUGAAUUCGGUGGGCAGAAUUACGACGCAGCAUGUGCAAAUCUCUGGGUCAACGGAGUCAGUUCAACUCUUCCUAGUCUUCAUUUAAAAUAA